AUGACCCUCCCGGCGCAAGGCAAGGAGGUGUACAUCACCAAGCUCAAGGAGAGCUUGGACUGGACCCCUUGGAUCAGGGGAAUCAAGUCUCUUGCGGUCACGCAUGAGGUCUGGGAUUACGUUGAUCCCGAUGGAACCUCGGUGUUGAAGGAACCCGCAGACCUUAGCUGGAGCGACGCUGUUGAGUCCAUUGGGCCAAAGCCCCUGAGAGCAGCCUUCGAGAAUGAGGCCAGGUUCAGGGAGGCCAAGGAAGAUUACGUCGAAAGUCUCCAGGAAGCUAGGGAGGAAUUCCGCCACCAGGAAAACUUUCUCUGGAUCCAGAAGCGUUCGUAG